AAUAUACACAUAUCCGGCAUGUAUACACUUCCCGAUCCUAUAAUUCGAAUGUAUGCCUCCGGAGAAGGUACGAAUUUUAAAAAUUAUUCAAGGCCGUUGUCCGUUGUUGGGGCAAGCGGCAAUCUCUGCGUUUCAGUAAACAGAUUCUCGCCGCUGCCAGUGGAUUGCAAGACCGACACAAAAGAGCAACAAUGGGGGUUCUGUACAGUUGGUACUGUGCGAACAGAAAUGACAUUCUCGUUCUUCCAUGCAGCUUCAGUUCGUCUGGUUAUAUAGUCUGGCGAUAUAGGGACCCUGAUAAGGCCAUUGUGAAUGGUGCCCACUGAAAUGGUAAUGGAUUUGCGCAGCUCUAUAACAACAGUCGCCCGACAAAUAAUUCUUUGGCCAACAGAUAAUGGAGCAAACCAGCACUGGUGAGAUUUGGAAAUUCCCACGAUCCAUAAUGGAAGGAAACAUGAAAGUUUGGAUUUUGCAGUUGGUGGCACUAUGGGUUGUGUUAGUGGCAAUUCACGAUCACCAUGUCGUGGCAAACGAUGGUGGCAUUAAUACACAUCCCGGCCCUGUAAUUCGACUGCAUGCCUCCGUAGAAGGUAGGAAGGCUAUCAAUGAUUCAAGGCCGUUGUCCAUCGUCGGGGCAGGCAGUAAACUCUGCGUUUCAGUGAACAGAUUCGUGCCCCAGCUAGUGGAUUGCAAGGCCGACACAAAAGAGCAAAAAUGGGAGUUCUAUACAGAUGGUACUUUGCGGACAGAGACGGACCUUAGCAUGUGCCUCACUUGUAAUGACCUAACCCAAGGAAGCGACAUUCUCGUUCUCCCAUGCAACUUCAGUUCGUCUGAUUAUAUAUUUUGGAGAUAUAGGUCCUCUGAUUAUGCCAUUAUUAAUACUGCCAGUGCUUCUAAAGACCUGGUAAUGGAUUUGCGCGAAGGUCAAACAGAAGUCCCUCAACAAAUAUUUCUUUGGCAAUCCAAUGGUGGAGACAACCAGAUGUGGUAUCUAGUACCAUGA